AUGCUACGCGCUGGCCAAAGCAAGGGCGAUAUCGGGUCUGUGCCGACGGAGGUUAUUCUCCAGGUCUUUGCAGAUCGAGUCAUGGUACUCGUCACCCAGUUGGGCAAAGUCGGCGCACUCAUACAAGCCAGCCUCCCGGCCAAUUCUUCUUUUGACGACCUCGUUCGGGACGCCGUCGAUGAGCUCGGUGAACCUGCGCAAGAUUCAGGUUACCCAUCACUUCCCCCGCCGCCUGCAUCCAUUACGUUAAUGCCUGUGCUGGGUGCAUCGGGUGAUCAGCCGCUUCUGUCGCUAUACGCGUCGCAGAUCGCCACACUCGUCUGGGCCGCUGAAAGUGGGCCACUAGGCGCAGGAGCGUCGCGGCCUGUUAUCGUAGGGUUGGCACUCAAGGGAGGAGGGACAGAGGAUCCAAAAGAAUUCCGCGGAAUCAUGAGUCUUGUACGCGAGGUAUUACAACGCGAAUGA